AUGUGCUGUGGAGCUAUUUUGAUAGGGAACAGCUUCUUUGGGAACCUGCAUAACGGGGCAGUUUGUCUCUCUUGGUGUGAAUUUAUAAGCUGGGCGAUCAUGGGCUGCGGCGCCUCUAUCAUGCAGCGACCCGAUGGGGAAUCCAAGAUCCUGGCUCAACUAGGCAACAGCAAUGGAGCUGGUCCCAACAAGCCUGUGCGCUCGCCACUUACGAAGGAGCAGAUCAACUCCCGUAUCGUUUGCUCGCCGAAAACAAUGAAGUCCAAGGUGACGGCCAAACUGAGUGCGCAGUACGCCUUCGUCUCGCAACGCGGGUACUAUCCUGAUGCUCUCGAUAAGCCCAACCAAGACAGCUGCACAAUCCUCCCAGCCUUCAUGGGAGACGCUGCGAAAAUGUACUUUGGCGUGUUCGAUGGCCACGGCACGACUGGAGACUUGUGUGCCUCGUUCGUUCGCAAGGAGUGUCCCGAACGUCUUGUUCGCAUUCUGGAUCGUAAGAACUGUUCCUUCUUGGAGGCCUAUUCCAAGUCUUUCGAGGAGACGAACGCGCGACUGCAUGCGUCACGUAUCGACGACAGUUUGAGCGGAACUACAGCGAUCUGCAUGUUUCUAGACGGUGAAAUGAUCCACGUUGCCAAUGUCGGCGACUCGCGAGCUGUUAUUGCCACUAUGAGCGAAGGAAAACUAGUCGCGCAGCCACUUUCCGUCGACCAAACACCCUACCGAUCGGACGAACGAGAACGCGUAAAGAGAUCUGGAGCACGCGUCCUCACUAUGGAUCAGUUGGAGGGGAUCGCUCCUGUGCAUGAUAACUGGGCAGCGAACUUGAACGACCAAGUGGAUGAGGAUGGCGACCCGCCGCGUAUCUGGUCGCCGUAUGGUGCUUUCCCCGGCACAGCGUUCACCCGAAGUCUUGGUGAUGAAAUCGCAGAAACACUGGGCGUUAUCGGAGUCCCGGAGAUUACGUCGCUGCAGCUGACGGAAGACGACCGCUUCGUUGUCAUUGCCAGUGAUGGCGUGUUCGAAUUCCUCACGAGUCAAGCUGUUGUGGAUAUGGUAGCGCAGUAUGAAGACCCAUUGGAGGCCUGCCACAAGGUGGUCGCAGAGUCUUAUCGUCUCUGGCUAACGUACGAGUUGCGCACGGAUGACAUUACAAUCAUUUGCGUGUACUUCCACUUCAGCGAGGGUGUUGCUACGGCCAGUGGAGCUUCACUUGGAACAACACCGAGAACCAACUCGGUGGCCAGGAGGUUGGGGCGACAGACAAGCGAGAAGGUUGUCUCGCAGCAGCUUCGUCCUGUUCGUCGUGGUAUGUCCAAGGAGAAGCGUCGGGCGCAGAUGCGCAAGGAUAUGGCACAGCUCGUCAAGGAAGAAGAUCUGGCGUACCGAGUGAGCGACCACGCUAUCCCGAAGUCGUCCACGGAGCUGCGUUUGCUUGAGGAGUUGACGAAAAACAACUGGCUGUUCCGACAGCUUACACAGGCUCAGAAGGACGACAUCUUCGCUGUCAUGGAGCGCAUCAGCGUCCGUGAAGGGGACAUGGUGAUUCGCCAGGGUGAUCCAGGCGACAAGUUCUACAUCGUAGAGUGUGGAGACUACCAGGUUAGUGUGCGUGGCGAUGACGGAGGACCAGAGAGUAUUGUGCACACGUACACUCAGCCGCCCGUGAACCCGGAUCACUGUGGAGACCUGCAACCGGCGUCGUUCGGUGAGCUUGCAUUGAUGCACAAUAGUCCACGGUCGUCCUCGGUCAAGGCGUUGUCGGCCGGCGUGCUCUGGGCAAUCGAUUGUCGUGCAUUCCGACGAGUAUUUAUUAAGGCACCGACGUCGGUGCUAGUUCAAACACUGAAGAAGGUGGACGUGCUUAAAACACUGACCAAAGCUCAGCUAGAACGCUUGGCCAACAACCUGACUGAAGUCGUGUACCACGACGGCGACUAUAUCAUCAACCAGGGAGACGGUGGUGAUACAUUCUACGUGAUCCAGGAGGGAGCUGUGAUCUGUACGAUCUGGGAGGAUGAUCCGUCAGCGGGUCCUGGUAAGAAGAGGACCUCACGAGAAGUGUUGAGGCUCAAAAAGAAUCAAUACUUUGGCGAACGUGCGUUGCUGAAUGAUGCACCGCGAGCUGCGAACGUUAUCUCCGUGGGGCGUACCAAGCUGUUGCAAGUCGGCAGACGCGAGUUUGAAGAAGUCUUAGGCUCGUUGCAAGACAUGAUUGAAGCUGAUCGUCUACAACGUGAGGCACGGCACAACUUUGAGACGGCGGUGAAGAAUUUAAUCUACAGCCCGGCCGCGCAUGGAGCACGACGCAAUUCGAUGGUCAUGGGGCCGUUGCGACCGCAAGACAUGCGCUUCCGCUACGUGGUGCAGCAGACGGACUUUGGGUUCUUAGCUGUGUACCAAGGAGUGAGUGACACGAAGCGGUUCUUCACUGUCAACGUCUUCUCCUUUCAACAGGUAGCAGCCGACCGCCGUGGCGAUGAAGCUGCGCGCUACGUGACUACGCACAAGACCAUCCGUCUGGACACUCCUAUGCUACCGGAGAUGGUGGCGUUCUGGCGAGAUGACCGUGCGUUGUAUCUGUCGUUCGACACCGCUAUGGUCACGGACUUGGCGGCGAUGCUGGCGGACGAACCCAGCGGCCGGUUCGAGAAGGAAUCGACAGUACGCGGCUUCGCAGCACAGGCUCUACUGAUGCUUGAAUACAUCCACCAAGCUGGCUACGCGUACCGGAACCUCAGCAGUGAAAACGUCAUGGUGGACACGCACGGAUACCUGCAACUGCACGACUUCCGACACAUGAAGCGCUUACCCGAUGAGACCCGAACGUACACGAUCUGUGGCACUCCUGAGUACAUGGCACCGGAGAUGGUCUCAGCGCGUGGUCACACGGCCAGUGCGGACAUUUGGUCGCUAGGAAUCCUCAUCUACGAGAUGCUGUGCGGUCGUACGCCGUUUUCCAUCCGUACGAACGAAGAGGACCCUAAUACAGCAGAUAAAAGCUUCGGAUCCGAAGCCAAUCCGACUUCACGUCUUACCAACGAGAAGGACGUGACGAUGGCUGUGUACUCGAAGAUCUCGCGCCACAACAAGGGAGCGCUCAAGUUCACACGUGACGACUUGUCAGCAGAAGCCUGUGAUCUUGUACAGCAGCUUCUCGACCCGUUUCCGGAUGACCGUCUAGGCGGUCAAGGGCUGGUCGAUAUUGUCAAAGGAGGCUCCGUUAUCCGUGCACAUCCGUGGUUCCAAGAGAUCGACUGGGUCGUGUUGGCGUCCAAGACUGCGGAUCGAGAGCAUGCCGAGGCCUUGACGAAGCUCAUGGACGAACAGCUCUCAUCCGCCACGAGUCCCGAGAUGCCCAUGCUAGAACCCGUGUCACCACACAGCGGAGACCUCGACUGGCUCGAGAACUUCUAA